CUUCCUCAGAAGAGAGGAGGGCGUAUGCCGGCACGGGCUGAGAGUCAAAUAGGCUGACAUUCGAGAACAACUCAACGAGUGUGCUGGGGGUGGCAAGAGCGAUGCGAGGGCAAGGCUGGAGCUGAGCCUGCGAGACACAGCUAGGAAAUCCGUCAAACCGAGCUCACUUGGUCGCCAAAGAAAGCCUGACGUUCUACAGUAAGCGUUCGAAGGACGAGAGACCAUGUCGGUGCUGGCUUUGCAAGAAUACGAAUUCGAGAGGCAAUUCAAUGAAGAUGAAGCCAUUCGAUGGAUGCAGGAGAACUGGAAGAAGUCCUUCCUUUUCUCUGCGCUCUAUGCUGCCUGCAUACUUGGUGGACGGCAUGUAAUGAAACAAAGGGAGAAGUUUGAAUUGAGGAAACCUUUAGUACUAUGGUCUUUAACACUUGCAGCCUUCAGCAGAUUAAUGGUGUGCAUUAUAGCCAGAAAAACAAGCCCCUUCCUCGUUCCAAGUUACUUCAUAAAGACCUGCAUAUAUGUAUAUUCGGUGCCAUCAGAACUGGAGGCUACAUGAUGAACAUCUUGAUGACCAAAGGCCUAAAGCAGUCAGUGUGUGAUCAGAGUUUCUACAAUGGACCAGUCAGCAAGUUUUGGGCCUAUGCUUUUGUCCUCAGCAAGGCACCUGAACUAGGAGACACACUGUUCAUCGUCUUACGGAAGCAAAAGCUGAUUUUCCUGCACUGGUAUCAUCACAUCACAGUUUUGCUUUAUUCCUGGUACUCCUACAAGGACAUGGUGGCUGGCGGAGGCUGGUUCAUGACCAUGAACUAUCUGGUGCAUGCCGUCAUGUAUUCUUACUACGCUCUUCGGGCCGCCGGCUUCAAAAUCUCUCGCAAGUUUGCCAUGUUCAUCACCCUGACGCAGAUCACCCAGAUGGUGAUGGGCUGCGUGGUCAACUACCUGGUGUAUUCGUGGAUGCAGCAAGGUCAAGAGUGCCCGUCCCACGUUCAGAACAUUGUGUGGUCGUCCCUCAUGUACCUCAGCUACUUUGUGCUCUUCUGCCAGUUCUUCUUCGAAGCCUACAUCACCAAGACCAAAUCCAAUGCAGCCAAGAAAAACCAAUAAAUCAAGAAAAUGAUUUAAAAAAAAAAAAUUAAUCAAGGAGAGGUGGGGAAAAACUAAACGGACCAAUGAUUGGUAGUGGAUGGAUGGAUGAGUCUUUACAGUUAGGGCUUAUGAACUUGCAGAAGAAAGACCAUGAGGGGCAACUAUCAAAGCUUGUGCAUACUGUACUACUAACGUAUAGAGAUAAACCUCCCCGCAACUAGGGAAGCUCUAUCGAGCUGCACUGAGAAAUCAUUACGAUUAUAUCAGUUGAACAAAAAAAAAAGUGUGUCUUUAUGUAAUGUUUAUGUGCCCAAUACAAUUCUCUGUAUUAAAAAAAAAAAAAAAAGAAAAAAAAGUGUAUAGAUUAAAAAACAAACAAACAAAAAAAAAGGAUGCAAAAUAAAUUAAAAGUCGUCGUCAAAAUGGACUGGGACAUUUUGAGAAAGGAACUUGUAUGGAUAGAAUUAAUAUUUGUGUGGUUAUGUCUAAUAAUUAAAUGUUACUGUUGCAUUUUUAUUUUUAUUGAUUAGAUAGAUUGUGUACGGUAGUUUUGUACGAAAGCCAUGUCAAUGGAAGACUGGUAAAUGUUGAGCUAAAAAUGCCACAGUGUGUUCCGUGUUCAGCGUCGCAGCACCAAAAUUCUCUCAGGUCUUAAAAAGUUUUCCAUUUGAGGUUCAUAUCAUUUUAGAAAAAAAAGAAAACGAAACAAAAAGGCAAAAUAGUCAAGGUAGUCAAGGUAGUCAAAUAGGCCUGAAAUGUUAAUGGCAUUGGAUUACUCAUACACAAGCAACCACACAAGAAAAAUUAAUAAAUAAAUGAAAGGGGAAGGGUAAAAAAAGACCAAUGAAGGCCAUUUUGAGAGGACACUGGGGCUAAAUGAUCAUCAGAACACCUGAGGCCCUUGUGGAGUAUGAAUCAUCGGACCUCUCCGAAUCUGUAUUUGUUCUGACCUCUGAAAGGCCUGGUCUUCUUCUCAUGGCUUAAGGUCAUCAUUACUGUAUUACCAUCCAUUCCAAAUGCAGACAGCAAGGACCAUGAAGUCAGGCAUACUUAAACAAAAAGUCUAUAUCACUGUAACAAAUCUGAAUAAUCUCUGUCACUGAAUGGUGUCCAUUGUGCUCUUGUGCAUUUGCACUGUAUACAUGUAAAGCAUCUAUAGACGAUUUUAACAAAGAGCCAAGAGUGCUGAAAUAACAAUGUGUCUGUGUUUUUCAUUCGCUUUCUCCUUGUUUAUCCUGGUAGGACUGCGUGAGAGAUUCUUUCUGGUGCAUAUUUUGCUCUCGACUCUGCAGGAAGGAGAUCUGAACCGUCACUCUCGCUGUGAACAGGCUCAGCAACAUGCCAGAUGGGAGCACUACUGCCUCAGCCACAGUGACAUAAGGCAUAAGUUCAGACUGCCCUGGUUUCUGAAGCAGAAUGUUAUGUGGUGGAGCAGUAAAAGUGUGACAGAAAUUACGACCGACUGACAUUUUAAACCAUACGGUAAUAAAAAGUGUGUUGACGCUACUAUGAAAUUGCACUGAUCAGAGGUCAAAGGCCAGUUGAAAUCUGACACUACAGCGUACGUCAUAUGUCGUCAUAUUUGGAUGGAAAUCUUUAGAUGAUGUAACUACAGGAGAUAAAGUGCAAUGAAAUACUGCCUGUUGGCAAUGGAUAAAAUGGACCAAAGUUUCUGAUCAAUAGAUUUCAAGUCAGUUUGUUAAGCGUUUCCACUACUUAACCUCUAAAAGCUUGUAUUCUAAACAGAUUACAAAACUUCAUUAACAUUAUACACGGCUGUUAUACUAAAAUAUUAUUUCAAUGUUUUGCCUAACUCUAGAUGUCUAUGAAAUUCCUACCAGCAAGUGUUGGUUUUAACGACUCAAGAACAUAAAUUUACGGUAGCACUGGAUUUAUUUAAUAAAAGUAUAUAUUAAUAACUUGA